GAAAAACGUAAGAAAAAGGACGACAAAAUAAGAAGAAGAAUUUCGUAGCGGGGUAUAUUCGAGUAAAAUCGAUGAAUAAACUUUUAAACCUGGCACCGAAAAAAGAAAAGUGCAUCGUGCUCACGUGUUAACAUUAUUUGUACCCGGAACUGAAAAAAAAACGAUUCCUGAGAAAGCCAGGACUCCGGGGAAAAUGGGAAUUACGGAGACUGCAGCAACAGCAACAACAACAACAACCGGAAUGGGAGCGGCAAAUGCCGUGGAGGGCAAACAAAUGCUGUCACUGGAGGCGUUCCAGGACAUCUUCAAGCACGUGGAACCGGAUGUGCAGAUCGAUGCCUUUGAGCUGGCCAUGGGCUCCGACCGAGGUGACAACUAUACGGCCGCCCUGUAUCGCAUAAAACUCACUGGAAAGCGAAGGAGUCUCAAGUGGGAACAGAACGUCAUCUGCAAGGUGAUGCCGGAGAGCCUGGUCGCCCGGGAGGCCUACAAGAGCGACAAGCUCUUUCGCAACGAGGUGGAGUUCUACAACACCAUCAUGCCGGAGCUGCUCAAAUUCCAGGCCAGCAAAACGGACCAGGGUGCACCCGUGUUCAGUGCCAUUCCCAAGUGUUAUUCGGCCAGGCAUGAUCUGCUCAUAAUGGAGGAUCUUCGCGAACGGGGCUUUCAGAUGUCCGACCGCCAUAAAGGCCUCAGUCUGGAGGAGACGCAGUCCGUCCUGAUAAAGGUGGCCCAGCUGCACGCCCUGAGUCUGGCGUACAAGUUUGAGAAGCCACUGGAAUUUAGCAAGCUGUGCAGCGUGAUCAGCGAGGGCAUCUUCUGCACGGCCAAUACGAGUUGGUAUCGAAACUACUACGAGCGCCUGACUAAGAACGCCAUUCAGAUGGUGUCCGAGGUGCUGCCGGCGGACUCCAAGUAUGUUCUGGCCAUCAGCAACUUUGCCGAGAGUUCAUCCUUCUUUGGCCGCAUGGUGCAGUUGGCCAGCGCCGAGUCCCCGCUGGCGGCCAUCUGCCACGGAGACUGUUGGGUCAACAACUUUCUCUACCACUACGACCCGGAGGAUCCGCAACGGGUGCUGGAGGUGGCUCUGCUUGACUUCCAGCUGAUACGCUACAGCUCCAUUGCCCUGGACAUUGCCAAUCUGCUGUACUGCUGCACCACCAAGGAGAUGCGGGAUGCCCAGCUGCAGACACUGCUCAAAACGUACACGGUGGAGCUGUUCCGGUGGCUGCAAAUCUUGUGCACGACAUUGCCGAAACACUGCGACACAUUGGAGAAACUGCAGGACCUUUUUGCCGAGGAGCUGAAGACUUACGGACGCUUUGCCCUUGGCCUGGCCAUGGACAUCCUGCCGAUUAGCACCUGCUCCUCGGAGGACGCCCCGGAUAUGUACUUGACACGCAGUGACGAUGACGAGGAGGAUGAGGGCGCGCCCGCGCUCAAUUUUCCACCCAACGACCUGUGCCGCCAGAAGAUGUCUGAGAUAGUCAUCGAUAUGGUGGACCGGGACAUGCUCUAGGCCACACUGCAGACGAAACGGAACGCUUGCUGUCUGCCCAAAACAUCAACUACCAAUAAUAAACCAGCUCAGAUAGCGUGCUCCAGUUGAUUCUCACUUAACCCUUAGUUAUAUGCAAGUUAGUAAAUAUUACCAUUAGCAUAGCAAGACUUUGUACGUUUAGGGUACCCCCGCUACCUUUAUGUUAUGUUUAUGUAGCAGCCAAUUCCACGGCCCUGCGACCCAGUUAACACUUGCCCUUAAGAUUCACUUAUUUUUCUUAGUUUUAGUUUUAACUGCUAGAUGAGAAAACCAACCGAGGCCAAUAUAGAAUAGAAUUAGAAUUUGUAUUUUUUGUUUCAGUUUUUAAUUUUUGGUUCCCGUUUUCGUUUACAAACGAACUCUGCUGAAUUGGCAAAAUUACUGUUUCGGUUUGGAAAAGCAAAAUUUCCAUUACGAUAAUCUAAUCGAUAUGGAAUUGGGCACAGGGCCUUAACAUUCGACAGGAAUUGUGAAAAUAUUUGAUCUAGCCGUAGCUAAAUUUAGCAAAACAUAUGUUGAAAUUAGCCUAAAGAACCGAGACAAUAGAAAGCUUGUCUAGGCGUAUUGUGUUUUUCUAAAGUAUUCUUUACACAAAGUAAUAAACAAUAAAUGAAGGGUAUGCGUUGCCUUAACUUA